GGCUCCGGCCUUAACCAGCUGGAAAGCUUCGCACAAGGGGUAGGGGGCGGUCUGUUCUCGCGCAUGCGCAGUGCUAAUGGUGGGGGCUGUGCGAUGGGCGGGACCUGGCUGCACCCCCAGCCAGGGGUCUGCAAAAGAGGCGGAGAGGGAGGGGUUGUAAGGAAGCUAACAAAAAAAUUUCCAACUAUUUAUUUGGUUUAAUACAAGAGGUCACAUCUACCCAAAGAACCUUGUCUGCCGACAUUGGUGUUGUGUAGGGGGUGCACAUGGGUGUACGUACACCCCCUGAGAUUGGCGGUGCACCCCCUGAGAAAACCACUGCCAGUGGCACCUGCAGGCAGCCCAACCCCUGGCAGUGUCUGUGGGCUGUCACUGAUUGCCACUGCCAAUACUGCUGAAGGCAUCUGCGGGUGGUUGCCGACUACCGGUUAGCACUCGCCGUUGCCCUGCCUCACCACUGACACUGCUGCGGCCACUUGUGGGAGCUCACCGCCGCCGAGACCGCCGCUGCCUGCGGGUGGUCACCAUGUCCCCCCAGCCUCCAGGGGCAUGUAUCGUUCAUGUCUGCUGACAUCCUUAGACCAACGCUACAGCCAAUAGCCCGGCUGUAUGCUUCUCUGCAGGGAGGGCCGAGGGAGUCCACUGAUUUCAUGGCUCUUUGUCAUCUUCCUGAUUCCUGCUAAUCUCUUUCUACUCCACAGGUAUGAAUCACCCUUUAAUCUUUUAAUCGCCUCCAAAUUUCACUGUUCAAACUAUGGUUUCUUUUGUAGCAUGGUUGUGUGUUAGCCCCUCCUGGGAGUGUGUCUCUUCUGCUUCACAGCCCUGCAGACUCUUUUAAUCUUAGCUGAAAACCUUCACUCCAGCGUGGUCCUGUUACCUCAGGGGUAGAAGUGACUGACAGUGCAACUUCGGAGGCACCAUCAAGACACGCAAGAAGGCUAGAUUUUGUUUUAUGGAUCUGAAAAAGAAACGUACAGUGAGCUCUAAUGACUGCAGGCCCAAUCCUUUGACCUUUUUUGCCUAGUUGGUUGUGUUUUUAUUAAACUUGGUAUAUAGCCUAGCAAAUCAGUGCACAUUCCAAUUUCUCAAGCUGAAAAUAUAGUCCUCACCCCCUAGCAUGUUAGUAAAGCUUUUAGUUUCUCUUUAACCGGAGAAAAAUGUGUGUUGUGUUAUAUAUGAGUUGUGUGAUGAUGUGCCACUCUAGCUUUUCCCCCACUUCUCAAAAUCUUAGAUCUGCCCAGGUACAUGUCACCCCUUGUCCUGCCCUUGAUGCUGCAGGAAAAGCAGCAGUAUGAUCUCCCUGCUUUUCCUGUAGCAGGGAAGUGCUACACAGGUAAUAGACAUUUGCCACAAUAAAGCAGCAGAUUCAAUUACUAGCUUUUGGUGUGCCACCAAUUUUCCUUUCAUGUGACACAGUGAAGGGUAUCAAUGUCUGUUUGCUCAGCAUUUGUGCUGCCAUAAAACACAUCCUGGAAGCAUAAAUGAGAUGUCUGGUGACAUCUCUUUCCACCCUUUGAGUGGGGUCUCUUAUUGAACCUACCAUGUAGAUGGGGUAGAGUUAGAUCAGGUUUUGAAUGCAAAGAGGUGCAGGAAGUGUAAGUUAUUGCAUUGGUGCUUCAGAGAUCAGUUUGAUGCUUUCAUAUUAAAACCCAAUGAGAUCCCCACCAGGUUCCUGUGUCUAUAAACCAAGAAAAUUAGUAGCUUUUUAAAAAAACAAACAAACCAUAGAGGUCAAAUUGCCUCAGUUUAAGGCGGGGGGGAGCAAUCUUUUUGGGUGGCAUGCUACAAGGUAAGCCCUGUAUGUUCCCCGAGCACUACUUUGAUCCCCUUCCUGUGGCUGAUGUGUUGUUCUGCUUUCUGCUCCCUACUUUGUUUUUCCUUCCUGGUCUGUUUUUUCUGCUUUUUGCUCCCUUUCCUGUCUGCUUUUGUGUUUCUUGAUCCCUUCCUGACCUGCCAUAUGCCACGCACAGGCUGCCUGUGCCACUUAUGGCACACGUGCUGUGGGUUGGACAUCCCUGAGCUAUGGCACCUAACAACAACAUUUUAAUUGAAAAACAAGGAUUUGUAACGAGGAUUUGAACAACAAGGAAUGGAUAGCAUUCUUUUCCCAAUUGCAUAUCAUACUACCAAGGGCAGAAGCAAGCUUUGAGGUGAAGUUUCUCAAUCACAGGCCCUGGUUCUCAUGGGGGACUUCAGUCACCUUGACAUCUGCUGGGAGGUCAAUACAGCAGUGCACAGGCAAUCCGGGAAGCUUUUGGAGAGUGUUGGGGACAGCUUCCUGAUGCAAGUGUUGGAGGGGCCAACUAGGGGCCAUGGUCUUCCUGACCUUCUGCUCCCAAACUGGAAAAUUGGUGGGGAAUGUAGAAGUGGAUGGCAACUUGGGCAGCAGGAACCAUAAGAUGAUUGAGUUCAGGAUCCUGAGGAAAGGAAAGAAGCAGAGCAGCAAAGUAAGGACCCAGGACUUAAGAAAAGCAAACCUUGACUCACUCAGGAAACUGAUGGGCAAGAGACCAGUCUGUAGGGAAGAGGAGUCCAGGAAAGCUGGUUGUAUUUUAAAGACACGUUACUGAGGGCACAGAAACAAACCAUUCUGAUGUGUAGGAAAACUAGCAAGUAUGGCAGAAGACCAGUUUGACUUAGUAGGGAACUCUUCCUGUAAGCUUCCUUUUUGUGUUUUAGCUCACUGAAGUGGAAAUUUAGACAAAUGACUAGGGAGGAGUACAAGAGUAUCACUCGCGCAUGCAACCAUGAAAUCAGGAAGACCAAAGUGCAAUUGGAGUUGUAGCUAGCAAGCGAUGUGACGGGUAGCAGUAAGGGUUUGUACAAGUAUGUCGGCAGCAAGAAGCAGAUCAGGGAAAUUGUGGGUCCCUUACCAAAUGGGGGAGGUAACCUAGUGACAUAUGAUGUGGAAAAUGCUGAAGUACUCAAUACCUUUUUUCAACUCAGUCUUCACAGGCAACAUCAGUUCCCAGACUACUGCACAUAGCAGCACAGUUUGGGGAGGAAGUGAGCAGAUGACAGUGGUGAAAGAUCAGGUUAGGAACAAUUUAGAAAAGCUGGAUGUAUACAGGUCCCUGGGGCUGGAAAUGAUGCAUCCAAGGAUGCUAAGGGACGUGACCAAUGUGACGGCAGAGCCGCUGGCCAUUAUCUUUGAAAAUUCAGUGGCAAUUGAGAUAGGUCCUGGACCACAGGUGAACAUAGUGCCUAUCUUUAAGAAAGGGAAGAAGGAGGAUCCAGGGAGCUACAGACCAGUCAGCCUCACCUCAGUGCCUGGAAAAAUCAUGGAGCAAAUCCUCAAGGAAUCCAUUUCUAAACACUUGGCGGAGAAGAAGGUAAUUAGGAACAGUCAUCAUGGAUUCACCAAAGGCAAGUCAUGCCUGACCAACCUGAUUGCCUUCUAUGGUGUGAUGAUUGGCUCUGCUGAUGGGAGAUCAGCAGACACGAUAUACCUUGAAUUUAGCAAGACUUUUGAUAGAUCUCCUGUGUCAUUCUUGCAGGCAAGCUAAGGAAGUACAGGUUGGAUGGAUGAACUGCAAGGUAGAUAGAAAACUGGCUGGAUUGUUGGGCUCAAAGGGCAGUAAUCAAUGGCUCAACAUCUAGUUGGCAACUGCUCUCAAGUGGAGUUCUUCAGGGAUCAGUCCUGGGGCUGGUUUUGUUCAAUAUCUUCAUAAGUGAUCUGAAAGAUGGCCUGGAGUACACCCUCAGCAAGUGUGCAGGUGACACCAAGCUGGGAGGGAGUAGUAGAUACAUUAGAAGGUAGAACUAGGAUGCAGAGAGACAUAAACAAAUUGGAGUAUUGAACCAAAAGAAAUCUUAUGAGGUUCAAUAAGGACAAGUGCAAAAUUCUGCAUUUAGGAUGGAAUAAUCCCAUGCACUGCUACAGCCUGGGGACUGACUGGCUAAGCAGCAGUUCUGCAGAAAAGGACCCGGGGUUACAGUACACAAUAAGGUGAAUAUGAGUCAACAGUGUGUCCUUGUGAAGAAGGCUAACAUCAUACUGAGAUGCAUUAGUAGGAUUGUUGACAGCAGAUCCAGGGAAGUGAUUAUUCCCCUCUAUUUGGCACUGGUAAGGCCACAUCUGGGGUACUGUAUCCAGUUUUGGGGAACCCACUACAGAAAGGAGUGGACAAAUUGGAGAGAGGCUAGUGGAGGCAGUGAAAAUGGUUAGGGGGCUAAGGAACAGGACUUCUUAGGAUAAACUAAGGGAACUGGGCUUAUUUAGUCUGGAGAAGAGAAAACUGAGAGAGGAUUUAAUAGCAGCCUUUAACUACCUGAAGGGUGAUUCCAAAGAGGGUGGGCAAAAUAUGGCCCAUGGGCCGAAUCUGGUCCUCCAGGCCAUUCUAUCUGGCCUGCGGGGCCCCUCUAAAAUUUAGACAGUUGUUACCCACCGGUGGCUGCCUGGCUGAAAGCCAAUGAGGUGCCAGUGGCACUGUAAAUUCUGCUUGGAGAUUGCUGGUAAUUCAGGAUCCCAUGCACCUAAAUCAAAUGUUCAAUCUUUGUAGUGAACACAAAGCUCUUAUUGACCUUAGUGAUAUUGGAUCAAGCUUUAAGUGGCUUUGUAAAGUGAAGAUGUGGAUCUGAUAAUGCAGUUGUUACCCAUUUCACCUGUUGGAGAGUUAAGUUAGCAAAUGAUCAAAAACCAGGCAAUGGAAUAUCCAGGGAAUUUUGUGCGCUAAGUUAUUUCUAUUAUUGUGGGUCCUUGGUGGAGAGACGGGAGGGUGGUCCCUGUCCUUAUUUGUAAAGGACACCAUAUAAAUUAAGUAGCAUAGCUAGUGGGGUGUUGCUCUAAAGCUGGCACUGUAAACUGCAGCUUAUGCCAGUACUUGAAGUGAUCUUUUUAUAAACAGAUCUGCUUUAUACAUAGCCAGCACAGGAAGUCUCACAUUGAUGGGGCUGAACUGUGAGAGAGCCCUGAAGUGGCAGCUGGAAAUGAAGCAAUGACAUUUUCUUGUCAGCAGUUCUGUUUUCUGGUCAUUUCCUCUGUGAAAAGGCACUGCCCCAUUUUUGUUAUGGAUAUGUUAAAAAAUUGCUACAUGAAGGAAAUGAUAGAAAAGAGCACAGGACUGAGGCACAAUCCAAAUAUUACCUGGACAACUUUUCAUUUAACUGGUUACAAAUGAAUGGGUCGAACUACUCUAUAUACACCACUCUGCUGGGAAGGAUUCAAGGAGACUAAAAGUGGAUACUAGGUGAGGAGCAGGCUGUGUUGGUUGGACUUGGAUGAGAAAGUUUGUACAGGGACUUAUUGUACUCUGCACAGUUGUACCGACUGCUAAUAAUCCCCAUGUUUUGGCCUGGUCUCCAGUAUUUAAGGAACUAUGCUUAGAAUUGUUUAAUGUGGUUGCAAAUGAACCAGUUUGGCCAAUAUGGGCAUGACCAAGUAGGGUUAUAAACAAUUUUUUUUUUUAAAGCAGUUCUAGCCUAGGUUACGACUGUGGCAUCUUUUAAUGUGUGAGUAUCAUCUAGUUUGGCCUUAGCAAAACCAGCCAGUGAAAAAGUGUUUUUAUUGGAUUCCACUUUAGUCUAGUUUAAACCAUUGCUAAACUAGAUUUUUUUGACAGCAUAGAUGUGGGUGAACAUGAGCUUUAUUAAUUAUAUAAACACAAUUGCAUUUUGCAUAGUUUUUAGUUGCUUGUUUGUUGCAGGUGGGAAGUUGGGAAGUUGGAAGGGUACCACACGAGUGCAGUUGCUGCCAGGAAUCUUUCCGUGGGCUAGGACGUAUUGUGGACUGUGGUUUUUAUGGCUGCGGACUGACAAUACAAUUAAACAGAUAUCAAUGUGGGGGAGAAGGAAUUUCCCAGUCAUGCAGACAUGACAGUUGAUCACAGCUGCUGCAUGUGUGCUCCUGUCCCACAGUAAGUGAGGCUUGGGGCAGGUACAACAGGUACAAAUGAAAUAGCUGCUGAAUUACCACAGGUUAGCUUCCAUUUACUGUGAGACAGAGUAGAUGUACAGAACAAUUAAAGCAAAUUAUUAAGAGUAUGGAUUUAUUAACUGACUGCCUGAAUCUGGGAAAACCUUUUCCAUGCCAAACACAGUGGUCACUCAUUAUAACGACCACGCCAAGUACCAACAAAAUUAGUUGCUUAACAGAGGUCAUGAGUAAAAAUGGAGCAGGAAUCUGUUGGAACAUAUUCCUGAAACAGGGGUUGCCCAAUAGCCUUGUUUCACCAUAAAAUUGUUUAUGCAAUUGUGCGGUUUAAAAUUUUUACUAAUUCCUGCAUUCUUUCCCUGGGCCUGAGUUUGCAGUCCUUAUGCACAGAAGUAGUGCAGUUUACUGACAACACUGCUGGGGCUUACACUGUAAGGUGUUGGGGACGAUCUAAUUCAGAGGUUGGCAGUGUUUUGGCAUAGAGGACCCACUUUAACAGAGCUUACCUCCAAGUGCAGGCAGCUUCCAACCCAGCGUGCAUUGCCUCCCCCUACUCACCCACAUUGCUGAAACACCGCAGAAGCCCCCCAGCUCUGUGGGCCAGAUAAAAGGCUCCAUAGGCUAGCUCUAGCCUGCAAGCCAUAGGUUGGUGACCCAUAUCUAAUUGAAGUUCAAAGCUGAAAGUCUUUGUGUUUUACAAGAAAAUACUGCUUUGAAAUAUUCAAGAGCAAAAUAGGAGGGGAAGGCAUCUCCCUGGCUAUGAAGGAAGACUUGAUUAUUUUUGCAAAAGGACACCUAUUUGUAAGACAGGGAUGCGUCAGGGACACUCAGUAACAUUUGACAGUUGUCUUUCAGUGACAGGAUCCAGAGUUUGUCUUCCUUCAGGCAUUUUACAAGUUCUGGAUUAAGAUUUAUUGACUACAGUUUAUCUGUCCACAGUGUAGAAGGUACAUUUGAAAAGCCGAUCUGCCUCUUACAGCUGCUGUAAGUACUGUUUGGAUUAGACAGGGGCAAUAAUCAAAAUCUAUGAUCUGAAAAGAAAAAAAGCCCUAAAAAAAAGUUUGAAUCUGCAUCUCAGUGUGACUGUUUGGCCUUGGUUCUGCAAUCAGAUGCACACAGGGGGAUCUUGGUACCCACCCGCUUCCAUCUGCAGAAUCAGAGCUUUAGUAAUAAACAAGUUACAGAAAAGGACGGGGUUCUUUUUCUGUGUGUUUGGCUAUCACUGAGCUGCAAUUAGGUAUGUGGUUUUGUGUUACUAAAACAAUUCAGUGUUUCAAGAUAAUUAGUGCUUAACAAUUAAAUAUUAUUGUAUGUAAUUAUGAAAUAUUACCAUUUUAUUUCUGCACCUGUAUCCUGCUCUCUAGAGUCAUUAUGUUUUGAUAAAAAACCACUGUGUGCAGUAAAUGAUGUUCUUGGCAGGCACUGCAGAAUAUGUUGAUUUAAACAUUGAAAAAGGAAACACUUACAAAUGUUGAUAUGAUCUGCUAAAAUGCUUAAAAAAAUAAAAAGCAUAUUGCUACACGUGCCCAUAAAAGAGAAGAAAGAUGCACUUGAAAUGCGUAUAACUGGCCACUGGAUGUCAGAAUUGCAGUCUGCUUGAAUUCAGUAAUGGCUGUGACUGGUAGUGGCUGUUAAAAACUUCCUGUCACAGUGUAGGUGAUAUGACUGGGUCAGCAGAGUAAGAGAGAGGUUAUCCUUUUCCACAUUAAUGUAUACUUGAAUUUCUAAGCAUCCCAAUCGUCCUUCAUUUUACUAAGACAGCCCACUUUCACUGUGUUAAAAUGCACUCUUGAAUCAUAGGCUAUAGUCCCAGAAAGAAGGGUGCCUGAUACUUUUCGUUUGUUAUAGUUGUCAUGUGUCAGGAAACAUUAGAAAAUGGACACUUCUCAUUUUCUGCCCCACCCAGUAGAAAUUGCUCCUUGCCAUUCUAUUUCAGUUUGUUGUCCUAUUGGUACAUUAACACAAAGAUUUAGUAACAUCAAACUGCUUGUGAUUAUUUUAAUCCAAAAAAGAGGGCAAAUAUCUUAGAAUAAUGUGGGGUGAAGAAUUCACAUUUUUAUAUGGAAAAAGGAUCAGAAUGGUGUUAGACCUGAGGAUGGGCAUUUGAUGCCCAAAACCUUGAUCGACCAUGUUUCCAGCUGUACAGUUAGUUAAGUAAAAGAUGUCACAAAACAUCCUUGCUUCUUUGUGGAAAAUGCACUGCAUAGCAAAUGUUUACACAGUCAUCCCAGAAGUAGUCCCCUUGUACUCUAAACUAGAAACAUCUUUCAGUAAUUACUUUCACAGUCCUUUUUCAGCUCUUAGAUAUUCUAGGCCAGUACAAUCUAUUGCUUGUUAAUUUCAAGACCUUUUUUUUUUUCUUAUUCCCCAGAUGUCUUCUGGCGUGAUGUGUACAUUGUACAAGCUGUAUUCUACGUAUACAGUUGGCCAAAUGCUGUGAUGGCUUUCAUUGUAACCUCAGAUGUUGUAUACUUUGGCUUAGUGAGUACCAGCUGGAAGAUCAUUUUACUACUUUGCUAAAAAAAAAUCCACUCUAAAGUUCUUUCUACAAACUGACACCUCUCUUACUCUUUUCCCCCUCCCCUCCCCCAUUAGACAGAUAUGAUUUAGGUCAUAGUACCCAUCCUUGUUAUCCAGUCCUUGAUUCUUUCACAAUAACUGACUUGCUUGUGAUAUGCCUUAACAGCUGAACUGCUUUCAGUCUCUGAGUUAUGAUUCUGGUGGAACUGAGGGGGAGGAGGGGUGAUCCAAGUGGGCAUUUAAAAAUUAUUUUCCAAAAAAACGUGCUCCAGUUAGUGUGUUGACUCUGUGAUACAAUGGUGCAAAAAGGAUCUCAAAACUUUCUGUAGAACAGAUUUAUGCCAGUGAGCCUUAGUAUUUGUGAGGCAUUGAUCUGGAAUAUUGUACAUGGCUUAGGUUAUUCAUGUUCAGUGAAAAAGAAAUUAGAGCUGGAGUAGGGACUCGGCUAAGUUUAGUCUGACAAUCAGAAGAAGGUUACUCUGUUAGGGCAAUGAGGUUCCAGUACAGCUUUCCAAUACUAGUAAUUGAGGUGAUGGAGAGAAACAUUUUUAAGAUGAAGCUUGAUAAGCUUGUGAAAAGAAUUGUAUGACCUGGUGUUUGUGAUAGCAGGGGACUAGACUUAGUGACCCUGAAGGUCCCUUUUAGUUCUGUGGUCCUAAAAUCAAAGCUGCAGGCAGAGAGAAAAUGAAGAAGAGUCAGGAGAAAAAGAAAAGAUAUGAUGCCCUAGCACUUUAAGGGACACAUUUCAAGCACUUAUGUUUUUUAACUCAACCCACACUAAAGUCUUUCACACAAAUCUGGAAUUUGCUGCCAAAAAGCUACAUUGGCCUCACGCCCAGGACAAACGCCAUUCAGUACUGGACAACUGAUAGGUUUACAGUAUGCUAUCCCACUGUGCAUCAAGACAAUGACAGGAUCUUUAAACAUUGGACUGGCAAGAUUCCCAGCUUAUAGCCCUGGAAGGGCUUGAAGUACUGGUUUUAAACAUUACAAGCCUUUUAAAGGCCACUUUUACAGAUGUUUGAGAUAUUUUUCUUGUCUUCCUCUGAAGCAUAUUUUGCUACACUUAUACACCUGAUGUUAUCUAUCACUCAGCAUGCAUGGGAUGAUGUAGUGGGGAAUAAAGACCUUGAUCCUGCUAGCUGCCCUCCUUAGCCUCCCUACCUCAGUCCACUGACUUCAGUGGGGCUCUAUAGCAAUAAAGGCCCAUCCACACAGGGCAGAGAUGGUUUGGGGGUGAGUGACAGAGGUUUCAAAAAUAUGAUUAAUACAAUCAUUCCACUCUCAUGUUGACAAAACCUUUAUAACCACUUCACUGACAUUUUGUAUUCCAUGCACACACAAAAAAUAAAUAUAGACCCUAAAUUAGUAAUCAGCACUAGAUCCAUUUAAUUUGGAAAAUGAUUGCUAAUCAAUGUCCUUGUGCACAGGUGCAAUUAAAAGAAGUUCACAACAGGGGUCAUCAGCACAGCAUUAUGCCCAAAAGCUUGAUAGAAGGCUUGGUCUGAAAAUGUGGGGCAGAGAGAGGGAGAGGGGAAGGCACUUGUCCUGUACAAAGAGCUCAUCAAAGGCACAGAUGCAGGAUAAAACGUUCCUUCCUUUUCCUUUUCUUUUAUGAUCUGACCCCCGAUGCUGCUUUUCAUAUUUGUCUUCUUAAAUCUUGUCAUAUUUAUAAAUACUGAUUUCACAAGAGUACUUUAAAAUGCUUGCCACAAAGAAGUAUAUUUGGGGAAAAAAUACUUAAAAUAUGUUUCAUUUCAACUCCAUUUCUGCAGUAGCAACUGAGUACAGUGGUAUCAUAAUCUUUUUCUUGACAGAACCCUUAAUGUCUUUAUUCCACACAAGGGUAAAACCCAUCUGUAACAUGUGGAGAGCAAUAGAUAAGACAUUUGAGUAAGGAAAAAGAAAAGAAAAGAUUUCAGUAGAACUGAAGAGAUAUCACUGUCUGCAAGUAACUAAAGCAGUUGACCAAAAUUGAUGCUGAUCUGAAUUUGAUGCUGUCAUGAUGUAUUGUACUCAUUCAUGUUGCUGUAGAGUUUUGAUCAUUGUAUCACUGACGUAACUAACAACAAUGGCUACAGAGGAACCAGUGUGGUUGAUGACAUCAGUGGAUAUUUAGGAACCUCUAACCUCAGGAUUAAUUGAACACCAGGAUACAACUGUUCCUUAUUUGAAUUUUUUUGAAAAUGGCAUAUCAGUAACCUAACCAUUUUCAGGUUUGCACUUUUCUUGUUUGAAGUAAAAUAUUUUCAUGACCUCCUUACAUUAGUAAAUGUAAACAUAAAAGAAGCAUCCAUGAUACCAAUGCUAGCCAUAAUUUGUUACGCACCCAAAAAGCACGCUACAGAAACAUUUUUAAGUUGCAAAGUCAAGAGCACAAAAGCUGAGAAUUGCCAGAGUAAGAACAUCUGUGCAACCUUAUUUCAGUCCUCUUGUACAUAGCCAUUAAGAUAUCCUUUAAUUACUUAGUCAGCCUUUUUCCACAGGACCCUGCAUCAUUCUGUGUUCAUUUAAUGAGCAGCUAUUCCAUAUUGUAUUUCUCCUUGUUGUUCAGUUGCCCUUCCCCCCUACCAUUUUAUUUAUUGUACACUAUUCAAACCCUGCUCUGGAGCUAGAAUAAAUAACUUCUUUCUGGCUUUUUCUGUGAGGCUCAUCACUAUAGUUAUCUACAUUUUCAGAAAUAUAAAGUAUUUUCCCAAUAUCCCUUUAAGAUGAAGAGGUGAUAUUAUCCCCAUUUUACAUGCAUGGAAUUGAAAUAGGCAUAUUAAAAAUGUCUACUCAUUUUGGGUGCUCAAAUUGAGACGUGAUUUUCUUCAACAUACUCAGCAUUAUAUAGAACGCUCAAAGUGCAGCUCUCUUUGACUUCAGUUGAGGUUGUGAAUGCUCAGUACUUCUUCUGCAAACUGGACCCCACAAUCUUGAAUCGAGUACUCAAAAAAUGAGGGACACUUACUAAUCAUCUUAACUCAGUUGGUUAGAGCCUAGUGCUAAUAGCACCAAGGUUACAAGUUUGAUUCCUGGUUAGACUAGAUGAUCUCUUGAGGUUCCUUCCAUCCUUACUUCUCUACGAAAUGGUCUGUCUGUGAAACGAUGGGUUGAAGGAACUUGCUUAGCAUCUUCUAAGAACGCCCUGGUGCAGGCAGAGCUAGAAUCGGGUUCUCCAGCACAGGUUUCCCACCCCCACUUAUCCGGGAGCGCACGCAGCAGUGGGAACUGCCCUUCCCCUGUCCCAGUGUGCCCCCAAACAAGCCACUUGUGGCUCCGUCCUGCACCCUACCCCAGCUGGGCAGUGCCUGUUGGUGCCCCUUCGCUUCGGACUCAGGGCAGUCUUCCCAUUCGCGCCCCCCUUGCUAUGGCACUGCUGCAAACUUCCAGCUUUUGCAAUUCUGGGGUCUACAAACAACCACCUACUUUGGUACCAGACCCUGAUUUGUCCCCAGACCAGGUCAGUCUGUCCACUGAGGAGGCAGAGAUCCUGAAGGUAAAAAGUAUCUGACCAUGUAGUGGAAGAAUGUAUUCAUAAUGCAUAACCACAAGGGAGCAUAACAGCUUACUGACACCCACAUGAGUCAACAGCACAGCUGCCACACAGACCUCUGCUGCUGGAGUUAGCAGGGAUUGAUGACAGUGAUAUGUUGCAAUCUUUUGUGGACUGGCACUGGGAAGGGGUGGUGGUUGGGAAAUGCAUUGCCCAUGAGUUUCUCAGAUAUUUGCUGCCAGCAGGAUAGUAGUGAGACUUGCUAUUCCUGGGAACCAUUCCAGGCUCUGAGGGGCAGUGUGCUCUAGCUAGUACUGACUCUUUUGUGCAGUCUCUGUGUGUGACCCCUUCUGCUCCAUCUCUUCUGAUCAAACCCUGUCCCAGUGCCAUCUCUUUCCCACCUGGCUCCUUGUCUCAUCCCUGUUCUCUUCACCAAGCAGUUUGUGUCUCUGCCCAAAAAAUCCUAAUUUCUCCUGAGUUAGUCCUAGCUCCUUGUCCCAGCCUCCUAGCGCAGCCAGUCCCAGUUCUUUCCCUUCUGGCCAUUUAGCUGGUCUGUCUUCCCUUCCCCUUUCAUCUCCUCUACAUCAGCCAGUUCUCAUUCCCAACUGCUUUCCCUGUCACUGCAUAUCUCAAUCCUCCCCUACAGCUCUUGACCCUAUAUCAGUCUCUGCCUGCCCAUAUCAUUUCUCUCCAUGGCUCCCAGUUUUUCUUUCACUCCAAUUCUCAUACCCAUAUUUCUUCCCCCACCCUUCUGCUGCUUCAGCACCAGUGUCAGUUUCCAGGAUCCUUUCCCCAGUCCACCAUGGAUGCCUCAUGCAGGCCCCUCUUCAUUUGAGGGAAAAAGCACAGCUUCCUCUUUUGCCUCGGCUGGGUCCAGCAGGGGAGAGGGGGAAUUGAAAGCACAGCAAAGAGAGAGACCCCCAGUUCUCAGUUCUGAUGUUUGGCCCAGGACUGCAAGUGCAGUCCUGCCCAUUCCUUAUCAGUGUAGAGGGAAUCUCUGGGGAAUCUAGCAGGUAAAAAUCAAAGACGCUUCAACUGAACAUGUGUGACGUGUGAUUUUUUCAAAUGCUUACCAGUUGGUCAAAUUAGCAGGCAUUUUAAGAGGGACAUCAACAAAAGCGCAGCUCUGACACAAGGCUACACCUUUGCCAAAACUGAAGUCCAUAAUCUGAAGCAUGAGUGGUCUAAAGAAUAGCUCAGCAUAAAAUAUUUUAACACAGGCAAAACACUUUUUUUUCCCAGUCUCAUUCUUGGGAAUGGAUGAAUUGUUUGGUCUGAAACUUUCCAAACAUUUUACCCUGAGGCAAGCACAGAAAGGUUUCGCCUAACUGGCUAACAUUUGACAAAAAGUUAUAAGCAAUUGAAAACAGGAUCUUAUAAUGGGAAGCUUCAGGCAACCUGAAUACUAAGCAAUGAUACCAGCUUGAAUAUUUUUGGUGUGCGGUUUGAGCUUGACAGAAUUCUUGAUUUUUUUUGAAGUGUUAGGGUAUCUAAAGAGUGGUGAAGUGAGGGUUUUUUUCUGCUUUAGAUUUUAGUUAAAUGAUCAAUACCACCUCAUAACUACCUUAAAAGUUAUAACCCACUGAUGAAGAAUUUGGAUAUGUGCUAUAGCUAUAAGCAAUUUUUAUACAAUAUUAUCAACACCAGACAUUCAAAAAUCAUCAGCCAGACCCUCAAAAUCAUAAAUUGACUUUAAAUCAAGAAAAGUUAUUUUAAAUAAUAAUUUUGGAUUCUUCCUAUUUUCAUUUUGUAAUUUGAGCCUGUAGGUUUUACUGGGGUUAUAUUUACUUUUCUCAUCAGCUGUGAGGUCUAGAAACCCAUAUUUUUUAGGCAAAAAUAAAGCUGAGAUUUUGACACGUUCAAAUGGUAAUGGAGCUGAGACUUUUACUUAAAACACCAACUAUUGCAAGAUCUGGCAUCACUGGAAUGUGACCUUUGGGCCAGAUAGGUUGUUUAAGAAAUAUAUGUGAAAAAUAGUUCACUCUUGUAUCCAGGUACAGCAGCUGUUUCAUCCGCUGCUUCAUCCAUUAUUUAAGUCAUUUUAGCGUUAUGGAAAAGUGUCUGGGGUACAGGCUUAAGAAACUUGCAAACAACCACUGUGCUUAUACUUUCUUCUUAAUUACAAAAAGAAAGUGUGUGUGUUGGGGUGGAGGGUGGCCUCUUAGGCUGCAUCCAAAUGUGUGUGGACAUUUGGUUCCCUGGGGACAACUAGUGGAGGUGCACUUUGUGCCACCUCUAAUUGUCCCCAGGGAAUGCCUGUGCCAUGCAGCAAGUUACCUUGGGUGGGGGAGGGGAGGCUGAGGCCAGCACUGGGUUGGCCCCAGCAGCCUUACCUGGGGUCCGGGGGGCCUCCUGGGGCUGCAGUAUUGGUGAUCCUGCUGCACAGUCUGUCCAGCAGUGGAGCACAGCUCCGGCCAGCCAGGCUCCAGCUUCAGGCAUUGCAUGCUGCCGCCACGUGCAGUUCCACUUUUUUCUCCAUAUUUUUUUUGAACUGUUGAAUAUCCAGGGGUUAAAAAAACCAAAACCCUCCAUGCUGCUCCUCUGCAGCAUGGAGAACAGCGUACCACAUGGCCAUACUUGUUUGAACACGGCCUUAUGCUAUUUAUGGCAUCGUUGGGUUAAAUAUUGUACCUUACAUGAAUAUUGGUGAAAUUUGUCUGGAAGCAGAGGUCCAGUAGUGGCAUGAUAUACCUUUCUUUGUUGUUCAUGAAAUGGAAAGAGAUUUUUGUAGUUUCUCCCUUACUUCAUCUUUCUUUAUCUAAUGUUUUCUUCAGCACAGAGUCAGGUCUGAUAAUGCUGUCACUAGAGGUUAAGAGCUUGCUUUUUCAAGUUACUGAUCCCACUGGGCCCAAUCACCUGUGCCUACCACCUGGCAGGAUCCAGCCCUAAAUGUAAGGAAGGAUGAAAUGUUAGUUUCAGACGUGCCAGAAGCAAAGUCACUAUUGCAAGACCAGAAUUAGAGAGAGAUUCCAAUGCCAAAGUGUGUCUCAGUGUAUAAUGUAUCUGGCACACUCUUUAUGAUAAAGCAUUUUACUUGAAUCUAUGUGAUACUCUAAAAGGUAAAAAAUUAUUUAUUUUCUGAAAAAAAAAUCAAAGACAGAAAUUAUUUCAUGUUGAUCCUUACAAUCAAAUGCCACUUGAUUUAUAUAAAUGGGGGCAAGUAUACUUAAGUAGCAGCAGAAAUGACUUUAGCAAAGUAAAUUUAGUUCAAAUAGCAAAGUGGUCAUAAGCACCAAUCAAUCUAUACAAAUCCUGUGACAGUUUCUUUCUUUCCACACAAUUGCAAUCAUCUCUGUUGAAGUGAGGGAAGUGAGGGUAUCAGCCUCCUCUAAACUACAUUUGUCUCAUCCUAUGCGCAGGUAAAGAAUACACAAUUCUUUCUAUAUACUGGCUGCUUGCUACAUUCAUCAUUGCUGAAGGGUUCUCUCUGAAUGACUCUUUACAGCAGAACUGAUGUGUACUGUCAACAGAGAAGAGAAUCUUGCACAGACUCCUGAGUCAUAUACGUAUGUAAUUUAAAGGAUAAAAUCUAGUUCCAUGACUCACUUGCAGGAUGGUAUCACAGUCUCAUAUUCUCACAUGUAUACACACACACACUCACCAGUAACCUUGGAGCAGCAAUCAAUGUUAAUUACAGUAUGAAUCGUUUCAGUGACAUGUUAUUUCAAAAAUGUUCCUCUGCCCAAACGUCUAUGAAACAAUCAAUGAGUUAUGGCUCUAGGUAUGGACUGUGGUCAUGCAGGUGGAGAAAUGCUGUUGUCUCCUCUGUCCUUGUCCAGUAUAUUGUCUCCAACAAAAGCCAGUUCCUGAUGUUCCAGAGGAAAGUGUAGGAAAUCCAGAAAUAGGCAAAUUGGAGAUAACUUGUCCCCCAAUAUGUUAAGCACACAUGUAUUUGAUUGCCAGACUAUGCAUAUACUUUGCUUUCUCACUAAGUAUACCACUCAUUUUUCCAUUUACUUUCCAGAAAGAAUUGACACGUUAACCAGAACACUGAUGUUUAAUCCUAAAACGACUUUUUUUGGGGGGGUGGGGGGAAUGGGCACAAGACACACUUGCCAUCAGCAGUUGUUUGCUACAUUACUGGACUUUAUGAAAGACACCAGCAAUAAUAAGAUCUGUUAAAAAAGAUUAAAUGUACAAGUGCACUAGUGGAUCAAGAUGUGUCAAUUAUAAGUUAGAUUUAGAAAAUAGGAUGGAACUUUUGAGUCAGUCAUGUUUUGGAAUAAUGAGAUAAACCAAGAACAAAAUUCUGCCCUCAGAUAUAUUAACAUAACUCCUAGUGGUUUUAGUGGGAGUUGUUAUGCGCAUCUGAAAGCAAAACUGGGCAGUUUAACUUAGAAGUCUGGAGCUCAACAGGAAAUUAGGAGAAAGUUCUUUGCACUAAGGAGGAUGAGUAUAUGGAAUAUUCCACCAAACAAAGAAAUGCUAGCAACUAAAAUAUGGUCAAAAGGUCAUGGACCCUUCCAAUGAGGGCAAAACAAAGAAGAUAAACACCAACAAGACAGUAGGCUUAUCUUCCUUAUCACACAAAUCUAACUAUAAAAACCUAGCAUAGAAUCUCAAGAUGGCUUACAGACAUUUGCUCUCAGCACCAUUGGGAGGUAGGGAGGUUUACUGGCCCUAAUUCACUGACUGGAAAAUUGAGGCAGAAAACGUGUAAGGGACUUGCCCAAGCUAUGUAGCACAACGUUAACAUAGCUGGAGAGGGAUGCGUGGGCUGAUGUUAACAUGGUGGUGGAGAUGUGUAACUACAGCAGCAUUAAAAUGAGCUAGUGGCUAUGUUGAUCAGGAUGGGACCAGGUUUCUUUAUUCCCACUCCUUUGGGCAAAUCAUCUAACAACACCUCUUAGUCUAUCCUAGAAGCCUUUUUAUGAGUCACCAUAGCUUAAUGUUCUAGCACAGGACUGAAUGGCCAGAUAAGCCUCAUUUAUGAGCGACUAAAUCAAAAACAUGACUGCAAGCAGGACUGUUUGCUGUUUGUAAAUUAGCCCUUCCAAAAAUUUCAGUUACAUUUCUACUUCCUUCUGCAUUCACAAGCAGUUGUUAUGCUGAGCCCACAAUUGACACUGACACAGUUCUCACUUUUCACUCUGUUCAUUGCACCUCCCUUGCAGCCUGCAUUGAGGUGUGUACACAAAGCCAGUCAAGUGUUUAACCCUGAUGAGUUCUAACAUUCUUACAGCAAAAUUAAAAACUGCAAAUACCUUGACAGAACCUAAGUUAACCAACAUUUGCUUCAGACAUGCCGCUCAUAUAAAUAUCAAGGCAGUAUCAUCAUGUGCCUUGCACAAAACAAUAUAAUGUAUAUUUUCAAAUAUUCAAGAUAAAAUACACAUUAAUACUGAUAAUUGCUAAAGUGUUUUAAGUUACUUGGAUUAAGAUACUCUUUAACAGCACAGACAGAAGUUACAGAAGAUGCUCUGUUUUGAAAUGUCUUCAUCUGAACCCUCAUGUAAUAAGGGGUCAUAUUUUCACCCAAUCAUUCAUUUUUGAAGCUGUCUGCAGCCAUGCAUUUGUGUUUGGUCAUGGCUAUAAACUGAUUUCUGUCCUUGGAUUGGGUGAAAAUAGUCACUUCUGUCUGUGCUCUAAGUAUAAAGUAUGCUUGUGUAUUCUGCAUUUGGAAGAACUGGUCUGAAUGUGAAGUGUAGAUCCAGAUCUAGACCCAAAUUUCCUCAAAGUUUCAGGCAGCAGAACUGGGAUUUUGGUUCAGCUAGUUAUGAACACAGAGCUAAAAGCAAAGUUCAGGUUUGAAUAUGAACUUUUGUAGUGUUCUGGGAAAUCUGGAUCCAGGAAGCUGGUCCAAGCCUGUCUUUAGUGUCUGGAAAGCAUUUCAUCACAUCAAAAUGCUAUGUCCCUAAUGGUCAGGGCCAGCUACUACAGCAGAUGCACAUACAUUACUUUCAUCCCCUUGCAUCCCAUAAAAACUAUGCUCUAUGGAAAUGGUUUGGACAUAUAACAAGGCCCAGCACCCUUGCCAUUGCCAACACCAUCUUGCAGGGUGCUGUGGAUGGACAAAGAAGAGGAGGAAGACCUAGCACAAGCUGGACCACCAACAUCAAAGACUGGAUAGGAUGAAAACUGACUGACUGUAUAAGGAUUGCAGGAAGAAUGGAGGAAAGUCAUUGCUAUAUCAAAGAUGCCUCAAUGAUUGGUGUGGCCUCAGGACUGAUUGACUGACUGACUGCAUCCCAUAAACUUUGUGCUUUAUAUUUUUUAAGGAGCUGGCUAGAAGAUACAGGUGAUUGUGACGUAUGCUUGGUUCUUAUAGCUGAAUCAUUCUCCUCUACACAUGACUGACAAUCAUUAUUGUGUUUCAUGUCUAGUUUAUUACAUCACCCAAGAAAAAACACUCUUUGCUUAUGUGUGUGUGUCUUUCCUUUCUUCCUACUGGGCCAAAACCAGGUCUUGCUGAAGGUGAUGACCAAACUUCCACUGACUUAAACGAGACCAAAAUACUGUGAGUUACUCAGGACAUCAGUAUGCUAAUCACCAGUAUAGUAACCUUGAUAAUAUCUUGUGUAAAGAACAAAAAAGUGCAGUUCAGUGGAGUGGUAACAUGUCUGAUGAGUUAGCAAAUCAAAUAUGUUUGAAAGGACAAGACAAUCCCGUAGCUAAGGUUUUGUGUUGUGAAAUUAUGGAUGGAGUUCUUUGGGAACCUCAAAGGGAAGGUGCUGUUUAAGUUCAAGUUGCUGCUAUAUCAGUGGGAGAAUUAGUUUGCUCCCUCACCUUCCUUUGACCAUGUCUAACUUACGUAACAGCCAGUUACGGUGCUGACAAGGUAAGAUUUUCAGCAGUGGUAAAUUCCUUUUGCAGUGCCUCAUAACACCCAUGUUCUUUCACCAUCUGGCAUGUUCAUCUUAUUUUCAUUUAAACUGUAGUAAAAAUGUGAAUUCUCCAUAAAGCAUAGCUUUUAAAUUCGAUGGGGAGUAUUAUAGCACAUGGAAAAGCAGGGCAGUGUGGUGCCUUAACUUGUUCAUUGAACCAUGAGCUUUCAUACACUACAGUCUACUUCAUCAGGUGUUAUAAAUGGACUAAGUAAUUCCAGUGUUUACACAUGCCUGUGUGCAUGCAUAGUACAUAUACUUUUCUUAGGACUGAUGUUACAUUGUAAACAUCCACAACCUAAAAAACAGCUCUACACUGCCUUUGCUAUUGAACAAGAACAGCUGGUGGUGCCCCUUAAAACCUAAUAUGCCAUGAUCAGCUCUGCAUUGUAGGCUGCCAGAGUUCAUAUGAGUGUUUCCAUGUGUGGAACAGAUAGACUGAGCGCGAGGAGUUUGACUCAAAUACUGAAAUUAAAAUAGAUUUGUUUUCCAAGAAAAUCGCAGCAGUUUAAAUGCAGGAGAGUGAAUUUGCUCUUGCAAAUUCAGAUCAUUAGCAACAACAAAUCUUUGGGAAACUUGCUAAACUAGGAAACCAAAUUAAGUAUUAAGCCUACAAGUGUUGCAGGGAAAAUAUCAACAAAGGACAUUAUAGACAGAUGUUCAUUCCUAAUGCUGGAAAGUUCUGGAAAAUUUGCAGUGCUUAGAAAUCCUGGUGGAGAUGUUCCAGCCUGCAGCUGCCAGGGAAACUGGUGUUGGGCUCCGACCUCAGGAAAAUGCUGUGCAUGCCUCCCCCACACUGGAGUCACCAUGGAUCUGGGAAAGGCAUGGGCCAGAGGGGGCUCAACAAAUAUCUAAACCUAUAGGCUUCAGCUAUGCUAGGAUGUCUUUUACUUGCAAUUUCUAGUGAGUGCAGCUCUACUGGUGGUUGCAUGAGUGGAACUUGCCAUCUAGUCAAUCAGGCAGACUCGAGGCAACUAUAACCCUGCUUUGCACCAUCACCUGUGUUGAUGCAUUCAUCAACAUCUACUACUCCAGAGAAAGCUGCAACCAUACAGUUGCCACUCCCCCCCUACUCAUUUUAAUCUAUAAAUCACUUAAAGGUUGUGGUUCAGGCUUUACCUGCGUAGAGCAGUGUCAUUCCAUUCACUUCAGUGGAACUUUGAACAGGUUAGCAAAUCCCACAUGAAAGUAGCAGAGCAGAAUGCCAGGGAAGCCCAGGUAGAGGGCUCUUUACACAUACAUGUGCAUGAUCAGUUCCAGCUUCACCUUCUCAGGUCUUUGAAAACUGCAAGCCAGGGAAAGAGAGUCAGUCUAGGUAGGGAAGCCUGGACCAGGGCUGGACAGCUCCCAGAAGAAAGGAAUUUCCAAGUCUGAGACUGCACUAAGGCCCCAGAGACAGAGGAUGAGGAUGGAACCACAAGACAGGACACAGAGUAUUCCUGGUGGACAAAGAUAGGAAGUGAUCUGGGAAAUUGCUUGCAGUGAGAAGCGUGGAGCCUGCUUGGUUGACCCUCUCCCGCUUGGCAGAUCAGGACUUUGGAACAGAGCCCUUAUUUCAGUCCUUUACAGCACAGAAUAUAAGGGCUGCUAGCCAGCAGAACCAGUGACUGAACUGAAGCAACACUGGCUUGUGUGCAGACUGACAGUAUUUUAAAAGAACUGCUGGAUCUAAUUGCCCGCAUAGGGAACUGCAUAAGUAGCUCCGUGGUCUGAACAAGAGAAAAGGCCUACCUCCCUGCCUUCAUUUAUAGUGAACUCAGUGCCAGUUCAUCACUUUUUUUUUUAAUUGUUAAGAGUUGGAUGUGGAUGAGUAACUACCCCCCAGCAUUUUUAAAUGGCUGCAACCAUCUAGAUCUAGAUUUCAACAAAUAAAACCCAGGCCCCUGUUUUCCUCAGAUCAGGUAUGCAACUCAUUUGACAGAUACCGUAUCCUAGGACCCUGACAUGUACCAUUGAUUUUUAUUCUUUUUUUCCCAGAUAAUAUACUUCUCUAUAAAAUACAAACAUAAAAAUGACUUGGUUUCAUUAAAAAUGAUGCAUGGAAAUCUGUCACACUGUUACUCUGCUAUCAAUAAUUUACCUGUAUGUUGCCUGGCUUUUUAUUCAGUAAGCACCCUAGACAAUAAUUAGUUAUGGAUAAGCUUUAAAAUGUUUUGUUCUCUGCCCAGAUAAAUGAACAAAAAUGUUUUGGGGAUUUUGGGGAGGGUGAGGGUGUAGGGGGAGAGUGUGGGAAGGAGUUCCACCUUCAACCAGCUGAAAGGCUGUACUUUUGCUUCUUGGAUGAAGAACUCACCCCAGUUUGACUGCUCUUGACAAAACUACUUCAAAGCACUCUUUGACUAACUUGGAUAAGCAAUUUGAACAAGUCCUACCAUCUUGAACAAGGGUUACCAGUCAAGAGGGAUUUACAGAAAUGAGCCUAUCAAUGACAUAAAAAUACUUUUUUUUCUUUCUUUCUUUUUUUUUUGGAGGUUUCAUCCUUUCUUGCUUUUCAUGUGCUAUAAUGCUGCAGAACAGCCACAAUAAAAGUUAACAUUUCUAAUAAUCCAUUGGGCCAUUUCCAAUAAGGUUGUGGUUACCAUCUACAGAGCUUUUAAAUGCCAAAUGCUACCCAGUGACAUCUCCCCAUUCUGACACAUCACACAUGUCCUGUGCAAAGCGUGCACUUGAAAGAACAAGGAACAGAGCGUUCUGAAUAGCAGGAGCUUACCUCUGGAAAUUACUGUUGCAAUAAAUAUGCCUAAAUCGGAUCCUGACAUUUUGAUAGACCUCUUUGUCCAGGGUUUUUGCUGUUUCUUGGGUCCUCGCUUAGCUUUGAAACCAGUAGUAAUGUUUCUUGUAUCUGUUGUGUAAAUGUUCAGUGUUAACAAAGGUUGUGUAUUUAUAUUUUGAAAUGCUACUACUAGCAUAAACUAUAUGAAGACAUAUUGUGAUGAUAGCGAUGGUGCCUUCAUAGAAUUAUGUGGCUGGAAUUUCAAGGGACAUCUACUCCAAAUACUGUUCCCAAACCAUUGAGUGAAGCUGAUCCAGCCUCUCCUUAAAAAUCUCCAGUGAAAAUGAUUCCACAGCUUCUCUAGUCAGAUUUUUCCAUUGUCCAACUGUUCUUCCAGUCAAGAUUAUUUUUAAUGAGAUUUGAUCCAAAUCUGUUUUGCUGCAGUUCAGGCCUGCUGCCACAUGUCAUCUGUGAUGAAAGAACAAUCUUCUUUAUGGCAUUCUUCCUAAUAUUUGAAAACUGCUACCAUUUCCUUCUAUAUUCUCCUUGUCUCCAAACUAAAUAUAUCUAGUUCCUUCAACCCUUCCUCACAUGGCUUGCUUUCCCUUUAUUAUCUUUGUUUCUCACAUCUGCACCCUCUCUAGUGUCUCUCUAUACUUCUUAAAAUGCACACAGUUCUUUAGUUGAGGCCUAACCAGUGCCAAAUAGAGUGGCAUUCCUGUGCCUUUCAUGCAAAGCUUCUAUUGAGGCAACCUGCCAUAACCCCCAUUUUUGUGCUACUGACUAGCCAGUAAUCCUUCAUUUUAUAUUUGUACCUUCCUAUACUAGGCUUGUUCAAAUGGAAGCUUUUCUAUACUAUAUUUUAUUUACAAUGUGUAUGUAAUAUGUAAUCCCUUAAUGAAGAAAAUGAAAAAAAUCCAGUGGUUUACUACAGGGUUGUCUCACUUGCAGCCCGCAGGCCACAUGCAACCUGCGAGUGGUUAUCUUAUGGCCCACAGGAUCCUAAUUCUUUUACCUCCUUAGCUUCCCCCCCCACCCCCCUCCACAGUGGGCCCAGACAGCACUCCCCCAGCCAUCAUCACCUCCUUCCAUCACCUGCUACUACUACUAGUACCAUCACCACCUCUUUGGGUUCCCCCUCCUACCUUCAGCUUCCACUUCCUGCUGCCACCCUUGGGGAUAGCCCUUGCUUACAGCCCAGGGGCAGCAUAGCCCAGAAGUUGGACAGUUCUGAUUUACUACAUAAUGGGUCAUGCCCUAGGCUUGUAUAAAAUCAGUUUUGUUUCACUUACUUCAGUGGAACUAGUUGAAGAUCUGGCCCACAAAGUGAAAGUAUUUUGAAUUUGUCCAUUCACUCGGCUGUUAAAAUAGUCAAACAUGCCGGUGCCUGCCAUCUCUUCUGUGUCAGCAGAAGACAUAGCACUGCCUCCUCUUCAUCCUGUUACACAAAUUGUCAAUUGCUCAAAUCACAAGUAAGACUUUAUAAAGGGGGAUAAGGCAAGGUGCCACGUUUAUUGAUUACGUGAGUUAGACAUAGAGGUUCAGGCACACUGUUCAUACAAAUGCACACAAAUCAUCAUACACAUCAUUACACAAAGGCAUACACAUACACAAAACAACCAUUUCAUCCACACAUACACCAGAUAUAGUUACCAGCAAUAGUUGCUCAAUAUCAGCCCAGGGUGGCCAACCCAGGAUUAUUGAGUAGAUGAUGUUGAUUUGAAGAUAGCAGAUUUAAAGAUAACAGCUGGAGUGGGGUGAACAGAUGCAUCUGUGCUCCUAUGAAACAGCAGUAGAGAAAGAGACUCAUCCAACUUGGCAUUUUCAAAGUGUUCUUUUAUAGGGAUUGGCAUCCUUUGUUUCAGUGCUUCGGGGUUUUUCCAUACCCAGCUUCUGUUUUUGUGGUUGUUCUUCUUUUGUCUUCAGCUUAUCUUAUAAGGCCUUGGAGUGUUUUUGUUGCCCAUCUGGCAGAAUUUCUUCUUCUGUUAUCUCCUUUGUGCCUUUGAGUUUCAAAGGGAUUCUUCAGCUGUUUGUUAGUUAGUUAGUGGUUGGUAACUUACAUUUGGUGCCUUGUUACUUACAUAAACAGUUGAAUCUUCUUCUUCCGUCUCUAUGCCAUUCUCUCACCAUUCACCCUUUUACACACACUCAUACAUAAAGGCUAUGCAAAGUUCAUUCACUCAUGUCAAGCGGAAGGAUACAAAAUGGAGUUUUCAAGUUGCUUACAGGACAAGACUAACAUUGUUACAUUUCACUAUUAUUACACUCUAUGUUAACAUCAGCUACAUUAGUUCAGUUCAUGCUACAAUCCUAUCUGGCAUUUAGCACAAUCUUAAAUAGCUUUGCAGCUAUUUUAAAAGCCCUGUAUAUGUAAUGAACUUUAAAAGUCAUACAUGAAUGCCAAGUUGCAGUUCACAAGGAAUUCAGAGUACUAAACCUAGAGCAUAUUUCCAAUGCCUUUGGGGAAGAUUGAAGAAAAUGCUAAAUCCACCCCUAUAGAAACAAGAGAGGAGGCUUUAACACUGAAGCAUAUAUCUAUAGAUCUUUCAACAAUCCAUUCUUUUACAUCAAGUUCUUAGUCUUAAUGAAAGUCAGGAAAGUAUUUGCAAAACUAUUUGCUGGCCCAAAUGCUGUUCUCAUUUAUCCCCUUGUAAUUCCAGAUAACUCCAUGGAUUUCAGUCAAGUUAAUCUGUGUUUAUGCAAGUAUAGAAGUACUUGGCUCUUGAGCUCUCCUCAGAAGAGUUUGUUUCUUAUGGAGGAAGAUAAGGUUUAUUCACAUCCGAGGACAGUGCAGAAAAUAGUCUAUGCUCAAAGCAGAAGAUCAAAACUGAAGUAGGAGAUACUACAGGUUAAGAUUCAGAUUCACUGGCAAACUAGCAUAAUGGGAACAUUCUUAUCAUCUGUGCCACAUUAUAGUCUUCUGCUCUACUUGGCAGUUAAUUAAUCCAUGAACACUUACAUUCAGCCAUUAGUUUAAAAAAGAAAAGCAUGAAAAUACAUUAAUAUACUGCUAUUUCACAGGGACCCAGCGCAUUAAUAUCUGUGAUUAUUAAUGCAUGCUAAAUUGUACUGAGCCUGAUUCUCAUUUAUUCAAAAGCUCCAUACUGGCCCAGCAUUGAAAAUGGGCCUUCACACAGGCACAGGGAACAGUUCAUGUAGAUUAACCUACAAAAUUAGAGUCAUAAAUAAGAUGUAUGGUGAAGGUGCUCUUGCCUAGUGCCAAGAGGCAGUACUAGCACUCCAAAGGGAGAUGGAAAAAACCCACAGUUGAAUUAUAAAAUAUCUGCUUAUAGAUUGGUAAAAUAUCAUGGAUAUAUCCCAACUGCUAACUGAUCAGAUUUAGGAAGAAACUUCUGUAUAAACAGGCUAUUACGUAUUAUAAAGCCCAAGAAGAUUUUAUACACCAUUUAUUAAUGUAUCUGGCAUCAGUCACUGUCAGAGACUAGAUUUUAGACUACAUGGACUAGUGGUUUGAUCUGGCAUGGCAUUCCUUUGUUUUUUCAAGAGGACAACCCCUAUCGAGAUUGUUUUACAGCAGAUAUGGAAUGUCAGCAGUGAUUUAGCAUUUAACUAUGGAAGUUUUCAUUAUUCAUAUAAUACUUCUUUACAAGUUCAAAGCAUUAUAAAUAUUUCACCCCUUCAUCCUCUUAAGACUCCUCUGUGAUCUGAAAGGAACCAUUGCUACCAAAACAGAAACAAAAGCCUGACUUGCCUGAGUUCAUUCAGAGCGGUGAAUGGCUGAGUUCAGAUUAGAACUCAGGACCCCUCCAUUCCUUCAGGUUUGUCCAGAAUGUCAAACAUUUGUUUUAAAUACUGGUAUGAUAAUAUGAUCAUGGCAUCAAUAUCCCAAAUUAAUCCCAUGGUUUAGCUAUGGAGUGUGUCAAAAGAGUGUUUUCAAUCAAGAACUUUCACUGAAUGCUUCCAUGUUCUUGUAUUAUGACAGAGGAUAAGUACAAGAUUUGUUUUCUCUCUGAUAUUCACUAUUUUGUAAAUUUUUAUCAUACGACCUCUCUAAAAUUAAAAAGUCUAAGUCAAUUUCAGUCUCUGUCCAGAGGUGAUUCAUUCCAUGUUUCUAAUUGCUUUUAUUAACCAUUUAAACUAUAUUUUUGUGAGAUAGUGUAAAAAAACCAAAACAAUACAGGUACGAACAUACCAUUUAUAUUAUGGCAUUACAAUAUUUUCUGCAUUUUCUCCCCUACUUUUCACAGCUUCUAGCAUUUGGGAGGUGGGUUGUUGGGUUUUUUCACUGCUAUUAAAUGUUGAUCUGUUUGCAGUGAAGCCCAGAUACUUGCUUGAGUGGUUCCAUUUAAUUUAGAGCCCAGAAAUUGGUACAAUGUUUCAUCUUACUCCUUCCAGUGUGCAUGACCUUGCGUUUGUCACUGUUGAAUUUCUUCCGCCGUCAGGCUGCCCAUUACAGAGCUUGGUUGGUUCUCUUUGUAUUACUCCUCAGGCUUCUUUAGCCUUGACUAACUUAAAUAAUUUUGUAUUUAUCUGCAAAUGAUGGCUCCUCACUGACAUUUCCUUUUCUAGAUAAUUAAUAAUUUAAAAGUAUGACAGCACUGCAGCUGCAUUUAUUCAGCAUAUAAUAAAAAAACCCUCUCUCAUAAAUCACAAAAGCACUGAGUAGAGGAGGCUCAGCAUUUACCCAUCUAGUCUUCCAUGACUUUCCCUCCUCCUUCCAACCCUACCCCUCCCAGACAAAUGCUGUUGUAGGCAGCCAAUGUUUCUGGAUGAGCAUUUUUUUUCUCAUGUGUGUCACCAGGCACAUCAGAUGACAUACUGAUAACCUGACUUUUGCUGGAAUAACAGCAAGUUAAUUUGUAAUCAUCGCUGUAUGUUAUACAAGCUGGAACAUAUCCUUGGUUACACAUGGAGUUACAUUAACAAGUAGUUUUAUUUUCAGCUCUAUUUGCACUUACUCUGUGAAAGUCUCAUUUGUUUUCUUCAGUCCAGUGGCAAGAGAAAAGUGGAUUUCUGGAAUCAUAGAAUGCUACUGUCAAUUUUAAUGAGCAACAUUACAUUUGAAGAGGGACUAUGAAAAAGUAUCCAAAUACUCUAGUCCUGCAGGUUGUUUUACAAGAAUGAUGGAAUCUACCCAUGUAACACCAGUUACAGAGUCAAGCAAUGAGUCCCUGGGAAUGUGCAAAAGAAAAGAAAAGAAUCUUCUUGUCCCAGGAAGUAUGGCUUUUCUUUUAAGACUACAUAUUAUCACUGCUACUAAUGGAGUGGUAUUAAACCUUAAAUACAUUUAACACCCCUCUUCCCUCACACUGGCUCUUCCUGCUUUGAAUCAGGGAGAAAAAUAUGAUGGUGCUGUUGAAACCAAUGGAAGUUUUGGUAUUGCUUUCAUGUGAGUCAGGAUUUCGUCAACUAAGUGGGAGAUGCUAAUCAUCCAAAAAUGAUAAACAGGCAGGGAGACUAAUAUAGAAAGGUGUGAAAUCACUCAAGAUGCGAUUUGGGGGAGAGAUUUGUAGGAUAAAAGGAGGAGGUAUUUGGCAAGCAAUGUCUGAAAUAACUUUCUUUUAAAUAAAAACUUAUAAGGAAACUUUAGUAAAAACAGCAUGCAUCUGAGAAAUCAGAAAAGGGCUCAGAUUACACAGUGUCAGAGGGAAAGUAAUUCUGUACAAGCAAGUAUAAAAUGUACUUACUUAAUGUGAGCUUUAAGCAGUCCCUUGAGGAUCUCUAGAAACAUUCUCCUCAGUAAGGUUAUCUUUGAUACCAAUUUUGCUUUCAAGUUGUUCUUCUUGCAGCUCGUUUUCCUCAGUUACCUAGUGCAAACUGGAUUUUGAGAACUGCAUGUUAAGUAAAUGUAUUGAUCCAAUUCAGGUCAGCAUUGCAACAUGGUCAUAAAAGCAUUUCCUUUCCUACAUUUCUGCAACACAGACAUGAUGGACUCCCCAUUAUGGGAGUCAUUGAGCCAGAGAUCCAAUUCUGUAGUCUUUAUUCCUUAAAUAUGGGUAUCAGUUGCAGGAUCUGGCUCCAAAUCUCUGUCCUUUCUCAGUCAAGACUCUUAUUAAUUUUACAAUUAACAGUUAAGUGUUAUUAACACUCAUUAUAGGGGUAUAGAUUGUAGCUGUGUUGGUCUAAGGAUGUAGGCAGACAAGGUUUUUUGGGUAAAUCUAUAUCUUUAUUAGGCCAACUGAAAUAAUUUUGGUUCUCUUGAUACAUAAAUGUAUCAAGGAAUGAAUAACUGACUGAAAGUGUUUAAAUAUAUUUAGUCAUGAUUUCCACUUCUGAGUCUGACUGUACAGAAAAACCCACAACUCUCUUUAAUUUACUGUAAAAGUAAACAUAAAAAUACAUCACUAACAAUGGCAAGCCUACAUAAUUUACUGUGUACAAAUGUUGUUGAAAAUAUUAUGGGUUUGCAAAAUUCAGCACUAAAUUAAUGGAAUGUCAGAAGUAAGGUACCUUUGUAACUUUAAUUUGGCUCCCUUGUGCACAUUCUAUAAUGCAGUCUCUAUAACAUGAAAUAAAUACAAUUGCUUCAGUUUUUAAAAAAGCAAUCUGAAGAAAAACAGAAAACCCAUCACAUGGCAUUAUGUGGACAUGCACAUUUCAUCUGCAUGGUUGAUCCAUCAUAUAGACCUUUGCCAUUUGAGCUAAUGAUGUAACUAAUGAUAAUAUUUGGUUGUCAUUCUCUUUGUGGCCCAGUGCUAGAGAGGGAUGAGGCACAUCAGCCAUGUCUAUAUACACAGUAAACUCACUGGUCUUGCUGGCAGUACCCUUGAGGAUACUGAUGCUGGUGUGAUGCCUCUUAAAUCAGAAACAUGGUAUCUGCCUUUGUGCCACUGUGUGGAUGUGCUUAUUAGCUUUGGGACAAGCUACCUGUUGCCAUCAUUCAGCAGUGCUAGGCCAAAGUUGUCAGUUAUGUGGCUUCCAGUUCAAGAGGCAGUCUUCCCAGAGCAGUUUAGCAUGCCUGAAGGUACUGCUACUUGAGAUGGUAAACUGUCUGUAUGGAGCCAUGCUUUGCCAGUGGGUUUCACAGAUAUUUGUGAACAGCAGAAGAUCGGUGAUACCAAGAUCUUAGGUUCUACUUCAAACUCUGAAGACUACAGUGCUUUAGAAGAAACUGACUCUUCUGCUCAUGGCCCUCUAAUUGUGACUCCUGCUCUACUAUAUACUAAUGCUGUCACUUCCCUACCUUUUGCCCCAACCUCAUUUUCCUUGAUUGUACUGCAUCAGUCUCCACUCCUUAUGCUUCUUAUAAAUCUGGUCCAUGUCUCUCCCUCUGAGCUCAUUAUCCAUUUCUUAGUCCUUCCACACUCAGUCAAUCACAGUUUCCUACUCACAGCUUCUCAUUUGAUCUCCCCCGCCUCUGCUUGCAAUGAUGUUCUGUCCUUGUGAUGUUCUAGUCUGGGCUCCUUAUUCAGUGUCAGACUCCCCCUCUCCAACUUCUCAUCCAGGGCACUUUGCCUAGCCAAUCUCAUAUAGUCUUGUUGGACCUGUCCUUCUUGCCUAAACCAGUUCCUAUUUAUCCUCCCCUUAGCUAGCUGUCACAACCAAAUUAAGUAGUGCCCAUGUCACAAAAAAGUAAAACCAUUCAAAACAGUUUUUUUCUGCACUAGGUUAACUAAGGGUUAACAAUAAUGAUAGUAACCGCUUUUUUUUUGCUGCGCAUGUCAAAAAGAAAUUUAUAACUGCGACACUAACAUGAAAUGAAACUUAGCCUUCUGUGCUGUACAUAAAUCAUUAUAACUGAUCAGAAAAAACAGGGAGUAACCCUAUGAUAACACCCUAGCAAAGACUGCUAGAUAAUUGGCAAUUCUAAUUAAAUUUAUGACAUGGCGAAAAGCAAUUGGCUGUUACACAAAUAAAACCUGUCUUCACUUCUGUGAAGAACGGGAGACCUCCGCACACACACCUGAAAAAACCUCUGAACGUAUGCGUGAGAAUAACUGACAAAUUGAUCACUUGUCAGUCUCCCCCGUCUCGACCUUAUCAGACGUAAAUCAAUGACCUGCCGGCCCGAUUUUUUCUCCAUUUAUCUGCCCGACCAAAGAACUCUUAUGCAGACCGACCUAUGACCUUCGAACCUUAAGCUGUAAUUAACCAAAUAUCUCUGACCUCCGCUAUUCACCACUUUGACAGCGUGAGUAAAUAAUCUUGCUUUGCAACCGAUAAGCGUCCACCUAAUUAAUUCCACUCCAAGCGUCACAGGUACCCGCCUGACGGCCUUCUAAGGCCCCGGACCCUUAUCUGCUCGGGUGGGAGUCAGAGCUGCUGGCCGGCUGCCCUGGGUCCCGACAUGGCAUCACGAACAGGAUUAAGGGGAAAUGUGAUGGAGUGGGAAUUAAUUAAGAACUGCCCCUGGUGUAGUGGGGGGCGCCGUGUAGAUAACGCGGAUGAAUUAUGGGCCCACAUCGCUUAUCACCAAGCGAGCGGAGCGGAGACAGGGUGCGUCAGCGGCUACUUCUCGCUGAGAGGAGAGGAGGGAGUUGGAAAGGAGUGGGGAAGCGCCGAGUGGGACAAAGAAAAGAUGAUUAACGUAGUGUCACUCCUACUGUGUGAAAAUGCAAACUUAAAAACCCAGUUAGGUACAGUCAGCAAAGCUGCUGUGGAGAUGGCAGCGUGCCAAAACCCUCCGUUGCCACCAGAAAAUGGCACCGAGAAAAAUAUAAGGUGCCCGGAAGACCUGAAAAAGAAGGGCAGAGCCACAGAAGAACAGGUGGGACUCCACCCAGCAAGCCCGCCCCCUGAGAUGACGUCGCUCCCAACGGCCCCACCUCUGUACCACAGGGAGGGGGCAACGAGCGAGAAUCCGAUCCUCCCAUCAGACACAAUAACAACUACAGCUGCCGCUCAUCCUGUAACAAUAACCAAGCAAGUAACCAACCCAGAGGGUGCAACCACCACCACCACCCUUAAUGUCAUCGAAGCAUGCAUGGAGAUUUAUGGAGAAGAGGACAUCAUCACCCUUCGCCUUCUCGUCAACCUGCUUGUUACUCAGCCAGCAGAAAAUCUUUUAAGUCAACUUCCACGGCUGCAAGCUCUUAUAAAAUCAGCAACCGCAAACUCAGCCGUUGCCCUAAGCUAUCUUACUGCAUAUCCAGUCGAACAUCAAAAGCCAAGACAUUCCCAAUUCAACUCACGAAAGGAAUCAAGACUGCCAUCCCAGAGGACACCGGAGGAAAGAGCCAUGUUUGGGUUCCUCCUAAACUACUUCACGCUUACCAAGCAACGGUUACACAUCCUAGGAGAUGCGAGACAACGACAACUGGCACAUGUACUAGGCUACCAACCUUGACCGAUCCCGCCAACCGGUCCGGGCCCCGGAGGUACCCGUGCCUAACAGCGCACUCCAGAUAACACCGCAGCCUGCCCCAACAAGCAACUACUUGAAGGGGGCAUCUAUGAACUAUUCCAACCACUACGACAUUAUGCUCGUAGAUAUACAAAAGACAAUUUUAUUGUUUUUUAGUUUUCUUUGUUUGUUUGUCUGUUCGUUUAUUUUGUCCCCUUACAGGCCCAGCGGUAACGAAGAGGCAAUCUGUGACUGCCCGAUCGCGAGAAUCAUCAAGCACCAACCUGCAGCACACCCGGGUCAACGCCACAAUGGCCGCCUGCUCAUAUGUCGCAAGCAGGGUCGUCGCUCUAUUCCUGCUGUUACCAACAGGUUCCUCGGCAAACAGAGCUGACUUCGAAACCUCCAACUCGAUCGUGAACCUUCUGUCAUUUUAGGCCAAAGACAUAACUAACGACUCAUUUUAUGGUUUUUCUUUUUCCUAUUAAUGAUCUUGUACAUACUUGUUUUGUUUUGUUUUAAAGCCUGUUUGAGACUUUACGCAGUGAAGCCAAGUCAUAAUGUUUUGAGUGGAAAGCUCUGAAUUAUUGAGAAAGAACAGCAUUGGUAGUCUGAAGGUUUGGGGGAUGUUGCAGAAAGGUUGGGUGUGGACAGAAGCAUUGAUUGAGAAAACGUGAGAAAAGAGAUGAGGGAAAUGAUGAUGGAAGGGGGCAAGUAGUCAAGGUUCUAAAGGAACCUGUACAUUCAGAGAAGAGGAAAAGGAACGAUUUGAGAAGAGAGAUAACAGUAGAAGAAAUGAAGAAAGGCCGCUAAUGACGGCACGGAAAAUUGGUGUGUUCAGAGCUACAAUUUAACUCAAAUAUAAUAAGCCACAAUUAUAGAAACCCUCCGUAUAGGGGGCAUUAAUCUGAUACCGCACUCUCAGUUACCUUAGAAAAUAGAAUUAGAGAAAGAUUGCAUACAAUCAAGGAUAACAGUUUACUGCGUUUAAGUUAAUUCAAGUGUCGGCAUCUUUGAUUAUCUUGUGUUUACCAUUAAUCAUAAUAGCCAUUAUUAUAUUUGUGUGUUUUAGUUGUUGGAUUUUACAGUAUCUCAAAACGAAGUUAACCACGCUUUUUGCUUUUGUAUAUACCCGCUUGCCAAACACUAACAAUGAUGAACAAAAUGGUCUGUACGUAAACAUGAUGUGACUUGCUGUGCCAUGGGCAAGGGGGCAUGUCACAACCAAAUUAAGUAGUGCCCAUGUCACAAACAAGUAAAACCAUUCAAAACAGUUUUUUUCUGCACUAGGUUAACUAAGGGUUAACAAUAAUGAUAGUAACCGCUUUUUUUUUUGCUGCGCAUGUCAAAAAGAAAUUUAUAACUGCGGCACUAACAUGAAAUGAAACUUAGCCUUCUGUGCUGUUCAUAAAUCAUUAUAACUGGUCAGAAAAAACAGGGAGUAACCCUAUGAUAACACCCUAGCGAAGACCGCUAGAUAAUUGGCAAUUCUAAUUAAAUUUAUGACGUGGCGAAAAGCAAUUGGCUAUUACACAAAUAAAACCCGUCUUCACUUCCGUGAAGGACGGGAGACCUCCGCACACACACCUGAAAAAACCUCUGAACGUAUGCGUGAGAAUAACUGACAAAUUGAACGCUUGUCAGUCUCCCCCGUCUCGACCUUAUCAGACGUAAAUCAACGACCUGCCGGCCCCAUUUUUUCUCCGUUUAUCUGCCCAACCAAAGAACUCUUAUGCAGACUGACCUAUGACCUACGAACUAACCAAGUAUCUCUGACCUCCGCUAUUCACCACUUUGACGGCUGGAAGAAUUUGCUUUAUUUCCUGAGGUAAAAAGCCAAGUGAAAACUAGGAGCUGCCAUUGUCUGAAGGGUGCUUUGGAUUUAUCAAGUGGGGCCUGGACCCCAAAAGUACUGAGAACCACUGGUCCAAUACAACGUUCAGGAGGUAAAGGCAGGAUGAGAGACCGGUUAUUUGAACUGUGUGAAUUAGCCAGGAUUUAUAACCAACAGUUUCCUAAUGAUGAAAAUGACAUCAGUUCACCAACUGAAACUCUCCUGUAUGAGACUGAUUAUGCCCUUGCAUCUCUUUAUAAAGACAUCCAGACUGUCAGAACAGAAAACAACCACCUGAAAGAGGACAUCAAGCGCCUAGGCAAACAAAAUAAGCGCUUCCUUACUUCCAUGCGCCGUCUCAGCAGCAUCAAGCGAGAUACCAACAGCAUUGCCAAAGACAUCAAGGCUCGUGGAGAAGGCAUCCACAGAAAACUCCAGACAAUGAGAGACUUCACUGAAGAUGCAGAAACAAACUUUGGUGCAGUCUCUGUCGUAGCUCGUGUAUCAAAGGACCACUAUGUUGACCUCAUGCAUGCCUUUCAACAAGCCAUGUUUGCGUACAACGAGACAGAGAUGAACCAACGGGAAAAUUGCAAGAUCCGGAUUCAGAGACAACUGGAGGUCAUGGGCAAGGAUGUUUCUGGUAAUCAGAUUGAGGAUAUGAUUGAGCAAGGCAAGUGGGAUGUUUUCUCUGAGAAUCUCUUGUCUGAUGUCAAAGGGGCUCGUGCAGCCUUGAAUGAGAUAGAAACACGUCACAAAGAGUUGAUGAAGUUGGAGAGUCGCAUCCGGGAGGUUCACGAGCUCUUUUUGCAAGUAGCCAUACUGGUGGAGCAACAGGCAGAUACUUUUGAUGUCAUUGAAAUUAAUGUGCAAAAUGUUGAGGACUACGUAGGAGAGGCUAAAGGUCAGGUAAAGAAAGCGUUGGAAUACAGGAGAAAACACCCCUUCCGUACUAUCCUCUGCUGCUGUUUAUCAUGCUGCAAAAGCUGAUUCUCCUCGGGCCUUUACAAACUGCUUUUAGCAUGCUCUAAGAAUGAACAUUAGAAAUAAUAUUGUCAUAAUGACUACUUAAAACAGUGUUUGGGGGAGAUUUUUGUUUGUUUUGUUUGUUCCUCUUGUUUAAAGUUGCUUAAGGUACUUCAGCCUAUGCAUUAUUAAAAACCAUAUGUUGGUGGCAGAUAAUUUUAUUGCCUGUUUUCAACUGAAACUGGACCUGUUUAGCUGCAAUUCAGGGUAAAAUGGUUUUAAAAGCACCUCCUGAGAUAAUGCAUACUUCAGUCUACCAAAAGAAUGAAGAAGGGCUGAUAAUUUGUUGAAGAUGAAUCACAAAAUGGGUUUUUUCCCCACAUUCCAAAGUGGGCCAGCAUGAAGUACAGAUCUCUUGCUGUUAGUGGCCUAAUUUAUGUUUUUUUGUAAGUAAAUCUGUCUGCAUUUAAAGAACGUGGAAGUCUACUUCCUGCAAAAUCUUACACAUUUCAUUGCCACAUUAAUUUAAUGAAACAGUAAAGCUGUUCAUAUAUGAGCGAAAGACAGGAUUAGUUCUAAGUAAAACUUUUUACACAAGGAUCUUAAGUCUUAUCUGUCACUGGGCUUUUGUACCAAUAGAAGUCUGUUGCAGUGAAUGAAGUGAAUUUAGAUCUACUCAGGUUUUAAAUAAGAUCAGAAUCAAGGCCUCUUCAAAUCACUUCUUAUUUAGGCCAUCAUUAAAUACUCUCAAUUUGAAGCUGUCCUAAUUUAAAGGUCUGCUCUAAUUGAGUGGAGGACUGAAAAUUUUGCCAUGGACACUCUCAAAAAAUUUUUUUUCAGUCCAGUAUGUAAAUUCCUAUGUAAUUACAACACCCUUGAAUGGGAGGCUAAAUAUAACAUUUUUAAAUUGUGCACACAAAGAUUUUUUAAUGAAAUAUUUAUAUUGUAAAGACAAUAUACUUAUUUUUGUAAGUAUUGAUGUCAUGUGUUCUUAUGGAUUAAAUAGCUUGAAGUCUUAACAGUAUUGAAAUUCACUCUGAUUAGGUUAUGAAGACUAAGGGGUCUAUUUCCCACAUAUGGGAAAUCUGUAUAUUGAGAACAAAAAUAGGCACCUUUAUUUAAUAUACCUUCUGAACCAGCAUUUACACAUCACUUGGACACUUUCACUGAGUCUGGAGAGAAAAAUGUCUUCCUCUGCUUAAACCUUCUGUAGCCAUACUGGGUUUGGACAAAAGGUGCAAGAGUGAAAGGAGGAAGAACAAAUUUAAUGACCAGAUUUCACAGUCCUUAAUUGAACACAUUUCCCCCAUUGGUUUCAGUAGGAGUUUCACUUGAUAAAGGACUGGAGAUUUUGUCCCUUACUUCAGAAGAGCAUUAUGCUCUGUGUUACUGGAAGUAAUGAACAGCGGUCAUAGCCAAAAGUACAUGGACUACUGAAACUAUAGUAUUUCUGAGCACUUUUCUGCUGUACUGUGAUUUAUUGAUACUUUAUAUCAAGUUCCAGCUAUUUUUCCAGAGGUUUGAGACAUUUAUUUUAAUUUUUCCUCUUUUUAUAUAUUUUAAUAAAGAUUUUAACAUUUCA